CUUUACAUAAGAGCUGCUGCUCUAAUUCACUUCUGAUGAGAGAGAGACUCCCUGAUGAUUCCCUCUUCUGGAUGUGACCACGAUGAACGGCGAGCAGCUCCAGAGCCGUUGCGAUGGGGAAGCCUCAGCGUCCGCAGCCAGCGGCACCGGGGACGUGGACCCCCUGCCGGUUCCUCGGCUCCUCCGGAUCAGCAACGUCACCUGUGAUUCGUUCAACAUCGGCUGGGACAUGGAGGGGGGGGGCCGAGAGGGGAUCACCCACUACUUCAUUGACCUCAACAAGAAGGAGAACAAGAGCUGCAACAAGUUCAAACACAAGGACGUGCCGACGAAGCUGGUGGCGAAGGCGGUCCCCCUGCCGAUGACUGUGAGAGGCCAUUGGUUCCUGAGUCCUCGCACGGAAUACACCGUCUCCGCCCAGACGGCCGCCAAGCGGCUGGACGGGGACUACGCCGUCUCUCGGUGGAGCGAGAUUGUGGAGUUCUGCACCGCAGAUUACUCCACCCUGCAGCUCAACCAGCUGCUGCAGAAGGCGGAGGCCAUCGCCGGCCGCAUGCUGCCGUUUACCGUCUUCUACAGAAACCAUCAGAAGGACUACUUCUACCAGGCCAGCACGUCCUACCGCUCCAGGGACGCUCAGUGCCGCCGCAUGCUGCCGGCGGUCAAAGACCACAGCGGCAGCCACGGCUCGCCCAUCAGCGGGACCCUGGAGGGGGUCUUCUUCAGCUGCAACACGGAGUUCAACACGGGGAAGCCUCCCCAGGACUCGCCGUACGGACCCUACCGCUUCCAGAUCGGAGCAGACCUCCUUUUCGACCAGAACACCAACGUCUACUUUGGUGAUUUCUACUGCAUGUACACGUCCUACCACUACGUGGUCCUGGUCCUGGCCCCCGAGGGCUCCUCUGGAAACGCCUUCUGCAAGGGCCGACUUCCGGCGCUUCACCCAUCCGACAACCACUUCCUGAGGCGCGUGGAGGGGGCUGACGGCUCGCUGUCCUUCCUCCAUGCCCAGGACGUCCUACUGGAGGUGGUCUACACGGAUCCGGUGAACCUGUCCUCGGGGGCAGUGGAGCCGAUCGGUGGGCAGCAGCUCACCAGUCAGUCCACCGUCAACGCCAAGAAGGACCCCAGCUGCAAGGUGUGCAACAUCAGCGUGGGCCGCUAACUGCUAACCGCUAACCCCCCCCCCCGCUAUGUGUAUGCACAGUGUGUGUGUAUAUUUAUAAUAAAUAAAUAAUAGAUGAAGACAA